AGUUAUGGAGUAACACCCACCGCAGAACAGAAAAAAAAACACCCGUAGCUAGGAUGUUGCGCUGACCGUUUUUUUUUUUUUAACGCACUAACCGAAUAGCGACACGCUGUGAAAAAUGGUCGGUUGGUUGAAGUGCGAGCGUGUGGAGGUUGUUUGAUGACCUGGACGCCGUGUCGGUGUGGAGCUCCGGCUGAGAGAGAGAGAGCGAGCGCGCGCGGAGCCGGAGGUUAUUUUGGGGGGAUUCAGGGCGGGUGGAGCCGUGUUCGGUUCGGUGCGCGCGCGGCGGAUUUGCUGUGUAUUAUUUGUUUCUGUGUACCGGCGGCGCGGUUUAACGGCUUUACGUUGUGCACGAGGACAACCGGGACCGGAUGUGUGCGUGUAGAGGGUCGGAGAGAGACAGCGUGUCCUUCGAGGUGCUGCUACGCCCCGUCAGUUCCUCCCUGACUCGGGCGGCGUCCGUCAGUAGAGCAUUAAACUAGUGGAAGCGGAUCCGUUUCUCUAGCGCCGCCUGGCCUGCUGCUUCACCUGCGGACAGCAUGGGGAACACCACCUCCUGCUGCGUGUCCUCCAGCCCCAAACUGCGGCGCAACGCCCAUUCUCGCCUGGAGCCCUACCGGCCGGAAGCGGAGCUGAGCCGCGAGGACACGGGCUGCAACCUGCAGCACAUCAGCGACCGCGAGAACAUCGACGAGCUGAAUAUGGAGUACAACCCAUCAGAUCACCCGCGCGCCAGCACCAUCUUCCUCAGCAAGUCUCAGACAGACGUUGCUCCAUCCAGGCAGAAAGUUCGGGAAAAGAGGAAAAGCCUGUAUGUGAAUCACCAACACCCAUCUGGUCCAAUGAGACGCAAGUACAGCUCCUGCUCGACCAUCUUCCUGGAUGACAGCACCGUCAGCCAACCCAACCUCAAAUACACCAUCAAAUGUGUUGCUCUCGCCAUCUACUACCACAUAAAGAACAGAGACGCCGAUGGUCGAACGCUGUUAGACAUAUUUGAUGAGAAGCUUCAUCCGCUGUCGAAGUUGGAGGUUCCAGCGGACUACGAUAAACACGAUCCGGAGCAGAAGCAGAUCUACCGGUUUGUCCGGACGCUCUUCAGCGCCGCUCAGCUUACGGCCGAGUGCGCCAUCGUCACACUGGUGUAUCUGGAGAGGUUGUUAACCUACGCCGAGAUUGAUAUCUGUCCUGCUAACUGGAAGAGGAUCGUACUGGGAGCCAUUUUAUUGGCGUCGAAAGUGUGGGACGAUCAGGCCGUGUGGAAUGUGGACUACUGUCAGAUCCUCAAGGACAUCACCGUAGAGGACAUGAACGAGCUGGAGAGACAGUUUCUGGAGCUGCUGCAGUUUAACAUCAACGUGCCGUCUAGUGUUUAUGCGAAGUACUACUUCGACCUGCGGUCGCUGUCCGAGGCCAACAACCUGAACUUCCCUCUGGAGCCUCUGAGCAGAGACAAGGCCCAGAAACUCGAGGCGAUCUCCAGGCUCUGCGAUGACAAGUAUAAAGACUUGAGAAAAGCAGCCAAGAAGCGGUCAGUGAGCGCGGACAAUCUCACAGUGGUGCGGUGGUCUCCCGCCAUCAUCUCCUAACAGCGGUUUGGGGACGCUGAGGAACAAGAGAGAGAAAGGGAGACUGUCCACAGAAUCGUCCUCUUUCUCCAUCUGCUCCAAACAAAAACCCGGCGGGAUUUUACCUUCCACACGUGUCUUUGUUGUUCUGAUGGCUGCUGUAAAUACAGGACACCAGGACAGGACUCUGAAGACCUGAACUAGGGAGGAAUGAAAGAGAGCAGCAAACGGUUUGGAGGGUGAGGAACGUCUUGGGGGAAGCAUUCCAGCAACUCUGUGUGUCUUAUAUGAUUGGCAUUUUCAAUUCUGAACCACUGUCUGUCCGCUUAUUCCAUCCGAGUUGCACAUUCCUUGAUUUUAUUUUAUUUUAUUUGAAGGUUUGUUUCUUCUCUGCCGUUUCUGAAGCACAGGGGGAUGUCGGACCUGACAGUAAUUCAAUACUCAGCCCAAAAUAAGCCACUCAGAAAAUCUACAGCUCUUCCAGUCACGUCGUGAAAGUUGGUCUAAAUUAUAUUUUUAUGCUUUUGUUCUCAAGCAGGUGUCAUGAACCUGUCAAAAGCGUGAAAUAACACAAUUAGUCUCAGCCUCACACACUCCGACAUAAAUAAAGCUCGAAACUGUACGCUUCCUUGUCGCCAUCGUGAUACCAUAGAACCGUAUAAGGUUCCAACUAUUAAGCUUUAAAGAGACAAUUGUGUACCUUAAAUUAUUUUUAAAGGUACACUAUAUUCACGGUUUCCAGGUGAAAGGUUCAAAAGCUGUCUCCUUUAUGGUGCCACCUGAGAGACGAGGAAAAUACAGUGUAAGCACGGGCUCACAGGGGAAGCCGUGGCCUCGUGGUUAGAGAAGCAGCUUUGGGACCAAAAGGUUGCCGGUUCGAUUCCCUGAACCAGCAGGAAUGGUUGAAGUGCCCUUGAGCAAGGUAUCCAACCCUCAACCGCUCCCCAAGGCUGCUCUGGGUAUGUUGUACGUUGCUCUGGAUAAGAGCAUCUGCUAAAUGCCAUUAGUGUAAUGUAAUAUACACUUUUCUGGCCACGAGCUUCAGAAUCCUGAAAGCUGCGAUCUAUUUAAAAAAAAAAAAAACUUUUGAGCACAAAGACUCAGUAUCAUGUUCAGCUCAAGAUCUAGUCACUGCAUUGAAAACAGUUCAAAGUUUAUUUUAUCUUGGCUUUAAAAAAAAAAAAUAUUCGAAAGGUUGUUUUUUUUCUUUCAGUAAACAAGAUACGUUCAUGUGUUUGCCGACAGGCGCCGAGGAAAGAAUCCGUAGCAGUUUGGUUGUACUCUCAAUCAAAUGUGUGUUGGCCCAUAAGUGCAAAACACAUUAACAAACCAAACGCACAAAAGGAAUGCAAGAGCAAAUCCGGGAGAUCGCAAACAAAUUCCGGAAAGCAACAAAUUGGCAAACGCAAUCGGCAGAUUCACGAACGAAGGAAACCGCAACACCAUACCGACAAAUGGGAAACAAUUCAGAAAAGGUAACGGCAAAUCGAAAAUGAGAAUCGAGUUAUUCCACGAAAUCGAGUCGUACAUGAGCCGAUAGCACCAAGUCGGCUAUAAGCCAUGUACGACGAGAUUGAAUGGAAUAACUGUUUUAUUCUAUCCAUAGUCACUGGAUUUUGAGAAACAGAGCAUUAUUUUAUUUUUUUGCAAAUUCGAUAAAUAAAAACUUUCUACAAAACGUCCGACGAAAUCAUUUCCGCUUCGAAUGUAAACAAACCGGCGAAAUGGCAGUAGCAAUUUGUGAAAAAUGCAAUCAUAAUAAUUCUUGAAAAAAAAAACGUUCUUACCAUCGUACUUUUAUUCCAUAUUUUGUUGCGCUUUUUUUUGUAUUUUUGGGGGGGGGGGUUGUUUCCAUGUAAAGUUUUUCUUUCGUCCUCGGUUGGUUCAACAACACGACCCACCAUUUUGUUUUUCUCUACUCAUGGUAUAUGAUCUGAUAUCCUAGUAGUAGAGUAGCCAAUCAGAGCAUGCGAUUGCUCAUAUCCAGUGAAUGUGGAUAGAAUAAAACGCAACAUCGUAAACCAAAUAUGCGCCAGAAAAUCCUGACAACCCAAAUUUAGGAAACGCCAACAGGGAGGGGAAAAAAGAUGGAGAAAACAACAAAUAAUUCAGGAAAAAACAAACAAACAAUGAAAUAACCACAAAACUUAAAAAAAAAAAAGUGCGUAUUUAUAUUCAAGGCCAUUCAUAUGUUAGUUUAGACAUUGUGUUAUUAAUACAAGGAUGAGAAUUCUGAGCAGCCUCAUGAAGGAAGCCGGGUUAUUCAGAAGAAAUACGUGCACUUCAGUUUAAUAACAUAAGUCGCAUCAUGUUUAAUGACUGAAAAAAGUCUGAGUUUUGUUCCUUGUGCUAGUCAUACAGCACGUGAGGUUCAUUAAAGGAACAGUCCACCGUACUUCCA